AUGGCCGCCAUGCCAGCUCAACAUGCCCUACCAUCUUGGUGGAGGACCCAACUGCACCAACUUGACGACUACGUGUCAUCUAAUUCCGUGCUAACAGAAUCGGACAUUGUGAUUAUUGGAGCCGGGAUAUCGGGCGCAUCAGUUGCGUAUCAUCUCCUGCAACAGAGCAAAGGACCCAAUCCACCAACGGUGACCAUACUAGAGGCGCGCCAAGCAUGCUCUGGGGCAACAGGUCGAAACGGUGGCCACUUAAAGCCAGAUCCAUAUAGCUUCAUCAGUCAACUUGCCGCAGAGUACGGCCCAGAACUAGCUGAAGAGGUAGCUGAAUUCGAGCGAUCUCACGUUGAUGCUAUUAGCAAUCUUGUGAAGUCCGAGAAUCUUGAUUGCGAUCUUGUCGUGACAAAGGCAAUCGAUGUUCAGUUGAAUGCGAAAGAGUGCAAAAAGGUCAAAUCUAAAUUUGAUCGUUUGCCAGGCAUUGGCGUCAAAUCAGCCGAACGCGUCAGCUUCACCGAUCAAACUGAAGCGGAACAGAGGUCUCGCGUCAAGGGGGCCCAAGGCUGCUUUAGCUAUGAGGCUGGCCAUAUCUGGCCCUAUAAAUUGAUCCUACACAUUCUUGGCCGUUGUGUCGAACAAGGAACAAAACUUUACACGCACACUCCAGCACAGAAUGUCUCAUUGGCUAAAGAUGGCUCAGGUCAAUGGAUUGUUGACACGCCACGGGGCGCUAUCAAGGCGAAACACGUUGUUUUCGCCAGCAAUGCUUAUACAUCGGCUGUUCUUCCUAUGUACUCGAACAAGAUUGUUCCAGUGCGUGGAGUCUGUUGCAGAAUAGUUCCAGCUCGCCCAGUGAAAAAGCUUACCGAAACAUACACUCUCCGAUGGUCAUGGAGCGAAUUCGACUAUCUCAUCCCUCGUGAAGAUGGAAGCGUGAUUGUCGGUGGUGCUUGGAGUAAAUACUACCGGAACACGGGAGAUUGGUACAAUAAUGUCAACGACAACGAGAUGAUUGAGCCUGCCAAGGAGUAUUUCGACGGUUAUAUGCAACGGAACUUCCACGGCUGGGAGGGAAGCGGUGCAUAUGUGGAUCAGAUUUGGACCGGAAUUAUGGGCUACUCCACAGAUUCUUUGCCUCACAUUGGAGAAGUCCCCGGGAAAAAGGGACUGUUUAUCAUUGCUGGGUUCACUGGCCAUGGCAUGCCGCAGGCAUGGCUUUCCGGUAAGGGUAUUGCAGCUAUGGUCUCGAAGGGAAUCCCAUUUGCUGAAUCUGGAAUCCCGAAAAUCUUUGAGACUACUCAGGCUCGUCUCGAGAAAGACAGGAAUGACAUCCUCGAGGUGGCAGGAGAAGUUGACAAGCAAAGUGCACGAUUGUGA